CACAGUGGGGAUAUGGGACACUCUUCUCAUUUUUUAUGUUCAGUGGCAGGAGGAGACGAUGUCAGUCUUAUGACUAUUCCACCUUGGGCAGAUGGCAACACCUUGGCUUACUCAAAGAGGAAGGGGUAACAGCUGAGCUCUGACUGCAUCUGUAAUGAUCAGAUGCCUCUUGUGCCUGCCAAACAACAGUCUGAGCAAUCUGAGGGGGCACUGGUCGAGGGGAGGUGCGAUCGGGGAUCAUGGAUCAAACAUUGCACCGACCUGGGCAUCGUCAAUCAAUCUCUCCAUGUCACCUAAACCCGUUGGCACCUGGGUUCUCUCUCCCAAUUUCUGUCACUUAUCACUUUUCGCGGAAUCAUCAUUUAUCUCCGUUUGAAGUGUCCUCUUAUCAGCCUUGCAGAAGCGGAGCCAGAUGCCGAACAGCCGGUGCAACAUCGACAGACGACAGACGACAAUUGACAUCAGUUUCCAGCGAAAACGACGAACGAAAAGCAGUGAAAAAGAACGAAGCCUGCGAACAGAAAAGAACCGAGCACAACGCGCAAGACAAGCACCAACCGGACAGAAAACGCCAACCGAGGAAAAAACCGCCUAAAGCGUCCAUCAUUUUCACUGUGCCAGGGUUACACGAAGCUGCAAAUGGGAGGGGUUCGACCUCAGGUCACGUACCAUACAGACAGCUCGCAACACCAUACAACAACAUGGAUGCAUUACAUACAAUGAGUGCUGUGUUCGCCAUACGGAUGGAGGGCAGCAAGCCUCAAUCAACAAUGCCCAAGAUGGAGAGAGAAUUUCUUGUACCAACAGCUCACAGCCAUGAGCUCUCUACGUGGUUGCCUUCCAUGCUGCUGCAGCGCUCAUUACGUGCUAGUCAAGUACUCAUGUAGCACUGGGCUCUCAUGUACUCAUGUCACUCAUGCCACUCAUGUCUCACGCACGUCGUUUGUCUCCAUGUUCCGAGUGGGACAGGGGUAAUGGGGUAGUCAAUGGGCUGGGAAUAUGAGGCUCGCUCCCUCUGCCCAUGGCGCUCUCCACCCUCCUUCUAGCCAUCCAGCAAACACGUGCUACAACUAGGACGACGACCUCAGAUCCUGGCUGUCAUUUAUGUCAGUCUGAGGCUGGUUAUCUGGGGUGCCUAUGAAGAUGAACAUGGACCUGGAAUUGCCUCUUUGAGAGAGUUUUUUUUGGAGAU